UUUGUGAUUGUAACGGAUAAAAAGCGCGUUUAACUAGUACACAGGUUGAUAAAACUGACAAAUAUUCAUUUUUAUUCUUUUCAGACCCCUUUGAAAUUAUAUAUCCAAUUUCCGUGAAUGCGUCAUGAAUGCUGGGACUUACGGCUAAUGUUUAGCUUCCGUUAGCUUCUCCGUUGUUUGUCACGGACAGCCGCUGCUGCGUGAUGGCCUCUUUUGGCUGGAAGAGGAAAGCUGGUGAGAAGGUGUCCAAGUCGGUGGUGCAGAAGUUUGAGGCAGAAGAGGACAAAGCUGCACAGGACCCCGGAGAUGAGGAGGUGGACUGGGUGCACGCAGUCAAACGCCGGAGGGAGCUCCUGCUGGAGGACUGUGCCACCCGAAGCAAGAGGCUGAAGGAUGAGGGUGCAGCUCUGGCUGAGCAGGGCAGGCACUGGGAGGCUCUGAAGAAGUGGGACGAGGCCAUUCAGAUGACCCCUGACGACCCCGUGUUGUACGAGAUGAAGUCUCAGGUUCUGACCAUCCUGCAGGAGGUGUUUCCUGCUGUGAAGGCCGCUGAGAUGGCCGUGAAGUUCCGGCCUCUGUGGUGGGAGGGCUGGCAGACUCUGGGCCGGGCGCAGCUCAACCUGGGAGAGGUGGACCUGGCCGUGCGGUCCUUCCAGGUCGCCAUCCACCUCUGCCCGUCAGAGCGAACCCUGUGGCAGGAGGACCUGCGGUGGGCCUGGAGGCUGCAGAGGCAGCAGUCGGCGACCAAGGAGAAGAUCCGGCAAGAGGAGGAGACCAAGAGGCAGAUCGAUAACGCCCCCGAGCUCAGCCGGGACUACGAUGACUUCGAGUCGGACGAGGUGCUGGCCGCCUGCGUGGCGGUCGCCGAGCGGCAGACGCGCUACGAGGAGAUGAGGAGGACCGCCGUGAUCGUCGACGCCGAGGGGAACGUAGUGACUGAGGCGGAGGGGUCGGGAGACGCAGCGGCGCCCGCCAAGGAGCAGUUCGUCAAAGCAAGAGGCCUUUAAACCGGACUCGUGGAGGCCUGAGUGCUUAAAACCCUCCGAUCAGAGGAAAGAGAGAACUUCUGCCCUGCUCGGUGUGUCGGGGAUUAAAGGACGUUUGACUUGUGUUGUUGUUUAAAUGUUUUAUCUCUUUGCUGUUUGUGAUAAAUGAGCAUGUUGAGGUUUUCUCUUUUCCAGACCAGUCGUCACUCCUCUGCUUCUCCAGUCGGACUCGAGUUCCUGCUCGGAGAAUGGCUUUCAGCCGGUGGCUUACGGACGCUUUUGAUACGUCAGGGACACUUGGAUGAAUCAUCUGGAGCACAAUUAAACUCCCACUCUUUAAAUUCUUAUGAAAAUAAAAGGACCUCACACAGCAGCUGCUUGUGGGAUUGUAGAGACUCGGUCGAGUCUUAUGUAACAAAAAUAAUAUAAGAAGAAUAAAAGUUAAUUUCGAAAAAUUCGAUCAUCAAUCAUCAGGUUUUGACGUGAAUCAUGUUUCUGCUGGGAGAAAGCAGGAACGCUCAGUAAAUACUGUACAUUUGACAAAUAAACUUGGUUUAAAGUUUC